GUACUUUUUACUCUUCUAGGAGCGCACCAAUAAGUUCUUCGUUUGUUACGAUGGUUUUUGAUAACAGAUUUUGGCGUUAUUUCGUGUCUAUUAUGUGGAAAAUUAUAUUAGUGAGAAUGAGGAAACUGGGGAAACGGGAAAACGCUGUAUUUACUCGAGUUUCAACAUCGUAGAACGGAAAUUUAGAGUAUUAAUUUCGUCAAUCGACAGAUUUUGCGGGGGAACUUGAAAUUUUGUUCGCGGUUACUGUUUGUUGGAUCUAUUACCAAGAAAGAAUUGAAGUUUGCAAACAUCUUUAUUUUAUGAUCGCUUCACUGUCACCAAUCAACAUUUAACCCUAAGGUAAAUUUUUCUAAAUUUUCUGUUGCUUUCACGAUUUACAUUACAGCUUCCCGAGUCUCGAGUUAGAUAACAAUUUUACGAUUAAAUUAACGAUAUGAACACGGAUGUUUGUCAAGAUAAUGUACCAAGAUUUGAAAAACUAGCGAAACCAAGAAAAAGAAUCGAUAAAACCAGUAACUACAAUGCCUUCAAUGUAAAACGUGGAGCAUUAUCUUAUCAAAUUACGGAUUCGUUGAACAAAUUAGCCCAACCUAAACGAAAACCAGGCACAAACGUAUCUAAUAUAUCCAACUUUAGCGUUAAAACUUCUCCCAUAAAUACAGUGAAACAAGGACAUCAUAAAUUGAUAAAUAGCAGCGAACAAUCGAAGGACGCGCAAGAAUCGAGGAAGAAGAAAUUUCUACUGGAUACUUAUGCUCGUAUCACUGCGGCUAGGAAUAAAGGAUGUUCAAAACGAUUGCAUGAACUCGCGAAACCGAAAAGUUAUAUGAUUCGUACCGAGCCAUACGACGAUUUCGAGAAUUACCUGCAAAUGAUGAAAAAAUGCAACACGAAAUCCGCGUUUCAGGAAAAAAAGAUAACUCAUAAUCCAUAAACGAUGUAAUAUAA